GCGUUCCACACACAGGAAGUGAGUUUCAAUCGGUUGCUGCAGCACAUAGACUCAACAGCUCCCUGUGUCCGUAUAUAUCAGCACCAAUAGGAAGAGAGCACCACGCCUUGGACGGCCCUGGAAGGCAGGUCUACACCUGGAGGAAUCUGUGUUCUGGGGGGAGAUCUACACAGAGGUCAGAGAGGAGAGAUGUACUUAUGAAGUGUAGGUGCUGGUGAGAAUCCGUGGUGACGGGCGCUGUGUGAGCUGGUAUCCCGGGACACAGGAAUACUGCCGACAUGUAACAUCAGGAGACCACCGGCGUGGGGACCUACUAGGGUGAAGAUCUUACAAAUAUAAAGGGAGAAGAGACAUAUGUGACAGAUAUGAAGGUAGAAGAUAUAGAGGGAGAAGAGACAUAUGUGAAUGAUAUGAAGGCAGAAGAUAUAGAGGGAGAAGAAGAGACGUAUGUGACUGAUAUGAAGGCAGAAGAUAUAGAGGGAGAAGAAGAGACGUAUGUGACAGAUAUGAAGGUAGAAGAUAUAGAGGGAGAAGAAGAGACGUAUGUGACUGAUAUGAAGGCAGAAGAUAUAGAGGGAGAAGAAGAGACGUAUGUGACUGAUAUGAAGGCAGAAGAUAUAGAGGGAGAAGAGACGUAUGUGACUGAUAUGAAGGUAGAAGAUAUAAAGAGAGAAGAGACGUAUGUGACUGAUAUGAAGGUAGAAGAUGUAGAGGGAGAAGAAGACACGUAUGUGAGGAGUGAUCAGCAGUGUAAGGAGGAGGAAAUCCCUACAGACAUCAGCACAGAUGGAGGCACAAGCAGGAAUGCCUUGGAGGGAGAUCUCAUCUUGUCUGUAGAUACUAAAAUAGAAGAUAACAUCACACAGGAUUCUCCAGGAGACAGCCCCGUUAUGCUAAAUAUACAUCUAGUACCUCUCAGCGCAGAUAUAUCAUCUGAUCCCCCUAACUGCGAGGACUGGUCUCCUGAUACCUCAGAUUUUUUUACACAUAGUGUAGAUCAUACACCUGAUAAAGUAUUUCCCUGUUCUGAGUGUGGGAAAUGUUUUACAUAUAAAUCACAUCUUGUUAUACAUCAGAGACUCCACACAGGUGAGAAGCCAUUUCCAUGCUCUGAGUGUGGGAAAUGUUAUAAACUGAAAUCAACUCUUGUUAUACAUCAGAGAAGUCACACUGGUGAGAAGCCAUUUCCAUGUUCUGAGUGUGGGAAAUGUUUUAAAGAGAAAGCAUGUCUUGUUAUACAUCAGAGAAGUCACACAGGUGAGAAACCAUUUCCAUGUUCUGAGUGUGGGAAAUGUUUCACACGGAAAUCAUGUCUUGUUAUACAUCAGAGAAGUCACACAGGUGAGAAACCAUUUCUCUGUUCUGAGUGUGGGAAAUGUUUUACUUAUAAAUCAGAGCUUGUUAACCACGAGAGACGUCACACAGGCGAGAAACCAUUUCAAUGCUCUGAGUGUGGGAAAUCUUUUACACGGAAACCAUGUCUUGUUAGACAUCAGAAAAGUCACAUAAAUGAGAGGCCAUUUCCAUGUUCUGAGUGCGGGAAAUGUUUUACACAGAAAUCAUAUCUUGUUACGCAUCAAAGACGUCACACAGGUGAGAAACCAUUUCCAUGUUCUGAGUGUGGGAAAUGUUUUAUACAGAAAUCAUAUCUUGUUACACACCAGAGAAGUCACACAGGUGAGAAGCCGUUUCCAUGUUCUGAGUGCGGGAAAUAUUUUACACAGAAAUCACAUCUUGUUACACAUCAGAUUUCACACAGUAAAAAAGCAUUUCUAAGACGUAAUGACCAGAAGAUCCUGGAACUCACCAACAAGAUUAUUCAGCUGCUGAAUGGAGAGCGGUUCCUGAAAGAUCAGAGGAUUUAUUGCCAGUGGAGGAGAUGCUGGAAUAUCCCUGGACGAGAUCCCCAAAAUGAUAGGGGUGAAGAUCCUACAAAUAUAAAGGAAGAAGAAGAGACGUAUGUGACUGAUAUGAAGACAGAAGAUAUAGAGGGAGAAGAGACGUAUGUGACUGAUAUAAAGGCAGAAGAUAUAGAGGGAGAAGAAGAGACGUAUGUGACUGAUAUGAAGACAGAAGAUAUAGAGGGAGAAGAAGAGACGUAUGUGACUGAUAUGAAGACAGAAGAUACAGAGGGAGAAGAAGAGACGUAUGUGACUGAUAUGAAGGCAGAAGAUAUAGAGGGAGAAGAAGAGACGUAUGUGACUGAUAGGAAGGGAGAAGAGACGUAUGUGACUGAUAUGAAGGGAGAAGAUAUAGAGGGAGAAGAAGAGAUGUAUGUGACUGAUAUGAAGGCAGAAUAUAUAGAGGGAGAAGAAGAGACGCAUGUGACUGAUAUGAAGGCAGAAGAUACAGAGGGAGAAGAAGAGACGUAUGUGACUGAUAUGAAGGCAGAAUAUAUAGAGGGAGAAGAAGAGACGCAUGUGACUGAUAUGAAGGCAGAAGAUACAGAGGGAGAAGAAGAGACGUAUGUGACUGAUAUGAAGGCAGAAGAUACAGAGGGAGAAGAAGAGACGUAUGUGACUGAUAUGAAGGCAGAAGAUACAGAGGGAGAAGAAGAGACGUAUGUGAGGGGUGAUCAGCAGUGUAAGGAGGAGGAAAUCCCUACAGAUAUCAGCACAGCAGAUGGCGGCACAAGCAGGAAUGCCUUGGAGGAAGAUCUCAUCUUAUAUGCAUUUACUAAAACAGAAGAUAACAUCACACAGGAUUCUCCAGGAGACAGCCCCGUUAUGCGAAAUAUACAUCCAGUACCUCUCAGCGCAGAUAUAUCAUCUGAUCCUUCUAACUGCAAGGACUGGUCUCCUGAUACCUCAGAUUUUGUUACACAUAGUGCAGCUCAUACACCUGAUAAAGUAUUUCCCUGUUCUGAGUGUGGGAAAUGUUUUACAUAUAAAUCGCGUCUUGUUAAACAUGAAAGAUUACACACUGGUGAGAAACUGUUUACAUGUUCUGAGUGUGGGAAAUGUUUUACAUAUAAAUCAGAUCUUGUUACACAUCAGAGAAGUCACACAGGUGAGAAGCCAUUUUCAUGCUCUGAGUGUGGAAAAUGUUUUACACAGAAAUCAGGUCUUGUUAGACAUCAGAGAGGUCACACUGAUGAGAAACCAUUUUCAUGCUCUGAGUGUGGGAAAUGUUUUAAACAGAAAUCAGAUCUUGUUAUACAUCAAAGAAAUCACACAGGUGAGAAGCCAUUUUCAUGCUCUGAGUGUGGGAAAUGUUUCAAACAGAAAUCAUAUCUUGUUCUACAUCUGAGAAGUCACACAGGUGAGAAACCAUUUCCAUGCUCUGAGUGUGGGGAAUGUUUUACAAAUAAAUCAGUUCUUGUUAAACAUCAAAGAGGUCACACAGGUGAGAGGCCGUUUCCAUGCUCUGAGUGUGGGAAAUGUUUUAAAUGGAAAUCAGAUCUUGUUAUACAUCAGAGAAGUCACACAGGUGAGAAACCAUUUUCAUGCUCUGAGUGUGGGAAAUGUUUCACACAGAAAUCACAUCUUGUUAUACAUCGGAGAAGUCACACAGGCGAGAAACCAUUUCCAUGCUCUGAGUGUAGGAGAUGUUUUACAAAUAAAUCAGAGCUUGGUAGACAUCAGAAAAGUCACGCAGGUGAGGGGUCAUUUCCAUGUUCAAAGUGUGGGAAAAGUUUUACACGGAAACCAUAUCUUGUUAGACAUCAGAAAAGUCACGCAGGUGAGAGGUCAUUUUCAUGUUCCGAGUGUGGGAAAUGUUUUAAACUGAAAUCAAUUCUGGUUAAACAUCAGAGAAGUCACACAGGCGAGAGGCCAUUUCCAUGUUCUGAGUGCGGGAAAUGCUUUGUAGACAAAUCAUAUCUUGUUACGCAUCAGAGAAGUCACACAGGUGAGAGGCCGUUUAUAUGCUCUGAGUGUGGGAAAUGUUUUACACAGAAAUCAUAUCUUGUUACACAUCAGAGAAGUCACACAGGUGAGAGGCCGUUUCCAUGCUCUGAGUGUGGGAAAUGUUUUACCCAAAAAUCACAUCUUGUUACACAUCAGAUUUCACAUAGUAAAAAAGCAUUUCUAUGAGCUUAUACAAAAUGGGCAGCACAGCUCCGCAGACAGUUGAAAUGGAUGUCGUUAAUAUAAGACUGGAAUAGAUCACUCGGUUGAAACUAAGGUGGGCAUUCCGAGUUGAUCACUAGCUGCAUUCGUUCGCUGUGCAGCGAUGAGGGGAAAAAACUGCACUUCUGCGCAUGCAGCGCAAUGCGCACGCGCAACGUACUAUUACAAUGGACGAUGUAGUUUUACACCGGGUCUAGCGAAGCUUUUCAGUCGCACUGCAGACCGCAGAGUGAUUGACAUGAACUGGGCGUUUCUGGGUGUCAACUGACUGUUUUCUGAGAGUGUUCAAAAAAACGCAGGCGUGCCAGGAAAAACGCAGACGUGGCUGGGCGUGUUUGUGACAUCAAAACAGGAACUGAACAGUCUGAAGUGAUCGCAAGCGCUGAGUAGGUAUUGAGCUACUGUAAAACUGCACAAAAUUUUUUUGCCGCCGCUCUAGCGCGCGAACAACUCGGAAUGACCACCUAAAGCUGGGUACUUACUAAGCAAUGUGUUCCCAGUCUGACAUCGCUUCCAACCAGAAUUCUGCAGCAUGUAAUUACUAGCGACAUCCCCCAUUGGCCUUGCUGAAGGGAUGACUGGUGAUGUUGCUAUAGACCCGCAGCAGUGCGCGUAUCAUCGGUACACACUAGACGAUGUUCCCGAUAUGUUGCUCUGAUCCGCAGGAUGGGGCGCCAUCAUCUAGUGUGUACCCAGCUUUACUGUGUUCUGUUUAUUCUGUUAGUAAUUGGCCCCACUCUCCACAGGAAUAACAGACCACAUUGUUACAUAGCGUCUACAUUUUAUACAUUGCAGUCAAACAUAAAAGAUAAAAUGCAUUAUUCAUUUUCUAAACAGAUUUUAUUAUGGAAACUCUUCCAGCAUUUUUUGUUACUUUGGAUUUUUGGAUUAAUGGUGACUCAGAAACCACAAAGUAGUUCUUGGUGGUGGUUAGAUAAAAAGUGAAAGUAUUUGUUUUCUUUACAGUUUCUUGCAAUGUAAUAAAAAUAUAUAUUUUGUUUUU